UUAAUAAAAGACAGUUUUCCUCCAGCAAUGUCAGUUAAAGCUAAUUCACUCUUAGAUGUGCACCAUACAGGGUAUUAAUUUCAGUCUUUUGGCUUCGCUGUCUGCAGAAUCGAGGAAAAAUCCAUUUUCACAUAGUCAUUAGUAACAUGGAGGCAGAGAUCAAGCGAUGUGCUUCCUCUUUUCCCCAGCAAACUGCAGAGAUUUCCUUUCACACUCGUACACCUCAAGCAGUCUGUCCCUCAUCCAAUAUUUAUGGCUAGUCGAUGCCGUUUCCGGACACUCUUGACUGUCUCCCUUAUCCCCUGAGUCAGCGCUGCGUGGCAGUGUAGCAGUAAAUGUAAUUAUGAAAGCCAAGGAGCAAGUUUACAAGUAUGAAUUGUUAUCUGCCUGCAACAACAUGAGGCCAAAUCAAAAUAAAUUGAAUUUUAUCCGGAGGAAAUCGGGUUAGCGAUAUUAAAAAACGAAACAAAAAGCGCACCUCGUUAUAAAUGCAAUGAGGCCAUUUUUUUGUAUAUGCACGUAAGAUGCUCCAUCCGUGAACUGCCCUUUCAGUUUCAUCCUCAUCAUCAGCAUCUCUCAUUUCAUUCUUUGUUCCUCUUUUCAAGGCACAGUAUAAAUGAAAAUCUCAGUGGGGAGGGCGGGUAGCCGAGCCCCCGAAUAUUAAAAUAACGGCCCAGUUCUCUUGGGAAGCAUCAUGUGUCAGCUUCACCAGUUCAGCUGUAUCCCGCAACAAUAAAAAGGAAAAAAAGAAGAAAAACAUUAGCAUAAUCAAUGACUUGCAAGAGAGCACAGAGGGAGGGGAAAGAGUGCGUGACGGAAAAAAAAAACAAAAACAAAUAAAAAACAGGGCUGUCUGCUCGCCUUUGAUUCGCUGCCAGUCUUCGUAAUUGGAUCAAGUACGAACUUGCUUAGCUGUAUGCCUUGUGUUCAGGCUAAGGGGAGGGAGUAGAAGCAUAUGCGAGAGAUCGUAGUGAGUGAGUGAGUGAGUGAAAGAGAGAGAAAGACGUAAUGGGAGAGGGAGGGGAGUGUGUGAGAGAGAGAGAGCGAUAGCGAGAGAGCGAGCUCGGAGACUGAGAGAGACAGAGAGAGCUGCACUCUAAAGAGUGAAAGAGGAGGCGAGCAAUCUAAAAGGAGGAGGAGAAAUAGGAAAGGGGGAGUAGCCAGACUCCUUCCGUCUUCCCGUGAGCCUCCCCCUCCUCCCCCUCCUCCCUCUCUCUCUCUCUCUCUCUGUCUCCACUAAUGAGGCGUCUCUCCUGCGUAGCCGGGAGGACGGGCACCUGCUGCUCCUUCAUGAUUCAGCCCCUUUCCGCCUCCGCGUGAGCACAACAGCAUGCUGCUCGCGCGACCGACGCUCCUGCUCUUCCUGCCUCCUCUGCUGCUCCCCACUCCCCGCGUCUACGGAGCCUCCCGCACGGUCAGGUGAGUGGACUGCAGCCGCAGCGUCCUGGGACAGCCCCGACCCCGGCCAGGAGCCCAGCCAGCUCUCUGCAAGAGAGAGAGAAAAGAAGAAGAGACAGAAGAAAGAAAAAAGGAGGGGAGGAGAGAGGUGGAGAGAAAAAGACUUGGUUCUCUUUCGCUAGUUACUUUUUAUUGCGCGUCCAGUUUGAAUUUAUGCAUUCAUUUUUAGACUUGUUUGGCAUGCACGUAAGCCCUGCUUGGACAGAAUGCCUUGAGUGCGGUCCCGAAAGAAGAACUCUUCUCCUGUCCGCGUGCCUGCCAGCACACUUCCCAGAAGCUUAAUAAGGUUACCCCCUGCUGCCAAAGAGCAUCCUCUCUCUCUGCGCAGCCCCCCCCCCUCCCCCGCAGCAGCAGCCUGGUCUGAUAAUGGAAAGCGCGCUUCAUCCUACCCGCUCCCCAGCUCCGCACAACACUCCGAGCUAGAGUCCAGGCGUCCAGAGACCAGACCUGAGAGAGGGAGGGAGGGAGGGAGGGAGGGAGCGAGCCAGCUGGAAGAAGGGAGAGGGAGAGCAGGAGAGGAUGUCAGAGGGAGUGGAGGACUCCUUGGCAGGGCUGUGCGCCCCUCCCGGAUCGGUGUUGCCCGUGGGGACCGACGAGGCCCGCGAGGACGAGCCGGUGACGGCGGGUGAAGGCGGCGGCGGCGGCGAGGAGGAGAGCAGCGAUGGCGGCGGUGGCGGCGGCGGGGGCGGUCCUCUGGGACUGGCGGCGCUGGCGGGGGCCUGCUGCGUGUGUCUGGAGCGGGAGCAGGUGCGCAGCUGCCUGCAGUCGGAGAAGAUCUGCAUCCUGCCCAUCCUGGCCUGCCUGCUCAGCCUGGCUCUCUGCACCGCCGGCCUCAAGUGGGUCUUCGUGGACAAGAUCUUUGAGUACGAGCCCCCCACUCACCUGGACCCCAAGCGCAUGGGCCAGGACCCCGUCAUCGUGGCCGACCCCACCCUGGGGCUCCCCGACUUUUUCCCGCGCCCCUCCGCUCUCCCCACUCCGUCGCUCACCACGCAUCGGCCUGAGGUGUUCGUGGAGGGGAACCCCACGACAGGACCCUUCGAGCCCCCGUCCCCAAGAGGGACUGGGCAUAGUCCCACCUCAGCACUGACGCUCCGCACCGACCCCCCUGCUCCGCCAGGGACGUCCACCCCUCCCCAACCUAGGAAGAAGGAACCUUCAACAGCGCGCCCUGAGCCCACUCUGGAAUCUAAUGAUAUUUAUAUUCCCAAAUACUCGGCCACCAGCACCACUCCCUCUGUGAAGACCUCCAGCCAUGUGAUGCCAUGCAGUGAGCGAGAGAAAAACUACUGUGUGAACGGAGGAGAGUGCUUCACCCUGGAAAUCAAACCAGGAGAACUGAAGAACCUCUGCAGGUGCCCAAAUGAAUUUACUGGUGAUCGCUGCCAAAACUACGUAAUGGCCAGCUUUUACAAGCAUCUUGGGAUUGAAUUUAUGGAAGCAGAGGAGCUGUAUCAGAAACGUGUGCUUACCAUAACAGGAAUCUGCAUUGCUCUCCUGGUUGUUGGCAUCAUGUGUGUCGUCGCCUACUGCAAAACAAAAAAACAGAGGAAAAAACUUCACGAUCGGCUGAGGCAGAGCCUGCGGACUGAACGCAACGCCAUGGCAGCCAUGGCCAACGGCCCACAGAUGCCCCACCCUCCCUGUGAGGGCGUCCAGCUCGUCAAUCAAUAUGUGUCGAAAAACGCUGCCCCUGCCGAACAUGUAAUCGAGAAGGAAACCGAAACAUCAUUCUCUGCGAGCCAAUACACUUCGUCAGCCCAUCAAUCUACAACAGUCACCCAUACGUCAAGCCAGAGUCGGGGAAACGGGCGGAGUGAGAGCCUGCUCUCCAACAGCCGCUCCCAACUGGUGAUGUCAUCGUCCGUGGAGAACAGCAAGCAAGCCACACCCUCAAGUCGCCGGGGGCGUCUGAACGCCGCAGGGGGCGCGCGUGACGCGAACGCCUACCUGAAGAACCCCAGGGAGACGCCAGACUCUUACAAAGAUUCCCCCUAUAGCGAGAGGUACGUUUCGGCCAUGACGACCCCAAACCGCAUGUCUCCAGUGGAACUGGUCUCCCCAGUAUCCCCUCAGUCCCCGCCCACUGAGUCAUCCCCGCCCCUCUCCAGCCUGGCCACGUCCGUCCCUUCGGUGGCCGUCAGCCCGCUGGGCGAGGAGGAGCGCCCCCUGCUGUUCGCCACUCCGCCGCGGCCGCGGGACAAGCAGCGCCAAGACCACGCCCACUCCCAGGGCGGCCAGUACCAGCGCGACUCCGCCCACUACAACCACGGCCAGGACACCCACAGCGCCCCGCCCAGCCCCCUCCGGAUCGUGGAAGACGACGAGUACGAGACCACCCAGGAGUACGAAGCGGCCGCCGCCCAACCCGCCAAAAAACUGCCCAACGGCCGCAGGGCCAAAAGAACAAAGGUCACUGACCACGGGGCGCACAAGGCCGAGUCCAACAGCGACACCAGCUCCGAGAGCGGCAGCUCGGAGAGCGAGACGGAAGACGAGCGGGUGGGCGAGGACACGCCCUUCCUCAGCAUACAGAACCCGUUGGCUGCCAGCCUGGAGUCGGCAUCCAGCUUCAGGUCCGCGGACAGCAGUAGGACUAACCCAGGACUCCGCCUCUCCCCGCAGGAGGACUUGCAAGCCAGAUUAUCCAGUGUAAUAGCAAAUCAAGAUCCAAUUGCUGUAUAAAGUGGAAGAUAUUAAUGCGUUACUUGUCAGACAUAAGUAAAAAAAAAAAAAAAUUAAUAAAAUUUAAAAAAUUGUACAGUCACCACUAAACCUUUAUUUUAUAUAAAUUAAGUAUUUGAGGGAAAUAAUUUUAAAAAAUAAAAACUUUUAUUUUAGCGAAGUAGUGAAUAAAGUCUUUUAUAAAUUAAAAUGUGUGCAAACGUGUUCGUGUCAUGGAAGUGCCAUACACUAGUAUGUAGCAUAGGUCACAGUAUUUCAAUGGAACGAAUUAUCAAUGGUGCCUUUAUUUUCAGUUUUGUGAACAUAAGCAAAAUGCAUUACGAUGCUGGGCCAUAUAUCCAAGAGCUUCAUGAAGCAAAUGUUUGCUUUCUCGCUUUUUUAAGUUGAGACAAAUUCCACCAGCAUUGUGUGUUUAAUAAUGCCAUAACGCAUUUCUAACUAAUAUCCAUACAAAUAUUCAUGCAAGUAUAAUGCAUAGAUUUGUGCUUUCAGGAAACUUUCUUUUUAAAAGUAAAAUUUUAGGAAAAUGUUGUGUACAGAGAAAAAUGUUUGGGUAGAGGACAGAAAAAAGUAAAACAGCAACAAUUACAUAAUCAAAGAGAUCUCAUCUGAAGAUAUUGCCUUUUAAAUUGCCAGGUAUAUACUAUGCUUAUAAGCUUCCAGAUAUUUACAGAGAUAAAUAUACAUAAAAUUAUAUUUAAAAUACUUGCAAAUUGGUAGUUAUAUGCAGGCGUAUUUUUGUAUUGGAUAUUGGGUAUUGUUAGAUUUGGUGGAUUUCAGCAAAUUUUGUUGUAAUGAUGCUUUUCAGUAGCAGUUAUUGAGAGUAUGUAAAAUUCCAUCAAUGAGUCACUGCAUAAACAGUGUUCUUCUGUAUUAGCUCAUUUUUCUGUACAGUGUAGUGUCAUUUCACCCAAAGCUCACAGGAAUUAGGAUUUGUAUUUUCCAGCAGUGUUAACUGCUGAAGGGAAGGUUGCCUCAAGAGAGACUUUCCUGAAUACAACAUUGAAAUAAAAGUUUGAAUAAAAUGUCCAAGGUUAUCGAAACAAGGUGAUUUAAAAAAAAAAUCUGGUCACCCCUUUAUCCAUGAUAUGCUCUGACAGUAUUUUUUUAUUUCAGCACAGUGUGUCCCUGCGUGUGUGCACGUGUGUAUGCGUUCAGGCAAUAUGAACAGACAUUCUUGGGUCAUCCGUGUUCUGAAGCAUGUAAAGUUGCGGCAUUAUCAAGGUCAGAUAUUUGUGAACUCUUGAAUAUAUGGCUCAUUACUUAAAAGUGUUUCCAUACAUAUUUUGGUCCUUAAGUAAUGCAUUAUGGGGGAUAUUAUAGCACCAGUUGUUAGUAGUAAUUCUGUAGACAUCAACAACCCCUUUAUUUAAGUAAUUAUAUUUGCCACAAGCUUUAAUCAUGUGCUACUGUGUCCUUAUACACCCAUGUGAAAUGUUACAUUAUCCCAAGUGUUCUUUUGUGCUGUUUUUGUUUUAUCUUCCCUCUGUUUACUUUGCUUUAUGUGUUUAUGUAAAAAUGAUUUGUAUUUAGUAACAUAAACAUUUACCCUUUA